CAUAAGAAAGGGCUGAUGGACAGUCCCACCCACCAGGUCAUCUGCCCAUCUGUUGCCAUGACCACAGAUGAAGUGGAAAGUCACCAGAAAAAGCCAAAAGAGCAGCAGGAAGAAGCUGGCCAAGAUCCUCAGCUGCAUUCUCAUGAGGAUGACAACCUCCAGCCUCAAAAUCAAAAUUCUACCAGCCGUGGUCUCUCUCGCCUCUUCUCUUCCCUCCUUAAACGGCGUUCACAGUAUGACAGUGAGGGGGGACAGAGAGAGGAUGAGGAAGAUGAAGCUAAAGCUCCUAUUGCUGAUCCUGAACCUGAAUUGAAAAUAGAGGGAGAGGUUGCCUUAGACCAACAUUCAGUCAGCAGUGCAGAAGUUCAGGCUCUUCAGGCAGAAAAGAAAGAUGCAGCUGAGGACAUGACUGGAAAGGUGAAGGAGAAGAAUGACCAAAAGGGAGAGGCAGUGGUUCUGGACAAGGAGGAUGACAAAGAAAAGGAAUUUGGUUCUGAAAGAAGGGGUAAGGAAGAUAAGGAGAAGACAACAGAGGAGGAGGCCAAGACUCCCAGAGCUCCACGCCGACCAAAGACACUGCAGAUCAAAGUCACACUGCUGGAUGACGCUCUGUUUGAGUGCGAGUUGGAUAAACAUGUCAAAGGCCAGGAGCUGUUCACGAAAGUCUGUGAUCACCUUAACCUUCUGGAAAAAGACUAUUAUGGCCUGGCCAUCUGGGAGACCCCCACUAUGAAGACUUGGAUGGAUUUGACCAAAGAGAUUCGUAGGCAGGUGCAAGGAGCCAAUUAUAAUUUCACUUUUAAUGUGAAAUUUUACCCACCGGAUCCAGCCCAGCUGUCAGAGGACAUAACAAGGUACUACCUGUGUCUACAGCUGCGGAAAGAUAUUCUACAGGGACGUCUUCCUUGCUCAUUUGUUACCCUGGCUCUGCUAGGUUCCUAUGCCUUGCAAUCAGAGCUGGGUGAGUAUGACCCUGAGGUGCACGGCAAUGAUUAUGCUAAGGAGAUGAAAAUGGCCUCAGGUCAGACAAAGGAGCUGGAGGACAAAAUGAUGGAGCUGCAUCAUACAUAUAGGAUAAUGUGUCCAGCUCAGGCAGACCUGAUGUUUUUGGAGAAUGCCAAAAAACUCUCCAUGUAUGGGGUGGACCUUCACCAGGCUAAGGACCUGGAUGGUGUUGACAUCAUGCUGGGAGUUUGCUCAAGUGGCCUGAUGGUUUACAAAGACAAACUGAGAAUCAACCGUUUCCCAUGGCCGAAAGUCCUUAAGGUGUCCUACAAGCACAGCAGCUUCUUUAUCAAAAUACGACCAUCUGAGACAGAACAGUAUGAGAGUGCAAUUGGUUUCAAACUUCCCAAUUACAAGGCCGCCAAGAAGCUGUGGAAAGUAUGUGUUGAGCAUCAUACCUUCUUUAGGUUAACUUCCACUGAGAUGGCCACCACCCCUAGAAAGUUCCUGGCACUAGGCUCUAAAUUUCGUUACAGUGGACGGACUCAGGCUCAGACCAAGCAGGCCAGCUCUCUGAUUGACAGACCAGCUCCCAUGUUCCAGCGCUCGUCCAGCAAGAGGAACUCACGCAGUCUGGACGGAGCUAUGGCCACUACACCAGACAACAAAUCUAAUCGUCCGGUCAGUGCCCCUGUUAUGUUACCAGUAUCUCCAGGUGAGGCAAAGUCAUCGCCACUGCUACCCACACUGCCUCGCCAUAGCCAUCUUGAUGGCUCUACACCCAAAAGCCAACGGCAUACAGAUUGGAAGAGGGAGCUAAAGACAGAGUGUAAGCCAGAGCACAGCCCAAAGCCACCGUCUGCUUCAGAGAUGAAGACUGUUGCCAAGAGAGAGCGAAGGAACCCCCCCUCCAUGACCAAUAGAGAGAAAGAAAAAAAGAACCAGCUCUCUGUUCAGGAUAAAAAGAUGGAAAUGGUUCGAGUAAGGAAGAAGAGACCCAAGAGACUUGAGGGAGAAACUAUUUAUAUCAGACAUAGCAAUUUAAUGUUGGAGCUCAACCCAAAAUGGUUUGCAUGCACCAUUUUCCUGUCUGAUUGUCAUGACCUUGAUAAGACCCAAACUGAGAUCAUGCGCCACCAUACUAGUAUCAGUGAGCUCAAGAGAAGUUUUAUGGAGUCAGUACCAGAACCUCGACCCAGUGAGUGGGACAAACGCCUAUCUACCAACUCUCCACUCCGCUCAGUGAGCGUCAAUGGCCAGCUGCAACCAGCGUCUCCAGUUCUAAGGGCCCAAACGGUCACCAUCUCAGAUGUUACCAACUCUCUUAGAGGAACUGUGACUUACAAGGACAUUCCUUUAGUUCACACUGAGACAAAGACCAUCACAUAUGAGUCAGCACAGCCUGUGGAAACCCUAGCAGAGAAGGAUUCAGGAGUGCUGCUGAGUGCCCAGACUAUCACUUCUGAGACUAUCAGCACCACCACCACAACCCAGAUCACUAAGACGGUGAAAGGAGGAAUUUCUGAGACUCGAAUUGAGAAGAGAAUUGUCAUCACUGGAGACACAGCAAUUGAUCAUGACAAGGCUUUGGCUCAGGCUAUCAAAGAGGCAAAGGAGCAGCACCCAGAUAUGUCUGUUACCAAAGUUGUUGUACACCAAGAAACAGAGAUAACUCCAGAUUAAGAAGAAUUCUUCUAACUUCACCACAGCUGACUCAGAUGCCCUCCCCUCUUUUCCUUAUGUCUCCAUCACAACAUUUUACCUCAGCAACCAUAGUCAUCACAUCCAGCUGCCCUGCUUUCGGCAUGAUAAACCAGACCUUGUCAGAGGGAAGAGGCCUCAGCGGGAAAAUACAUUUUCCUCCAAGAGUUUGAGUAUUGGUUGAAGGAGACAGCCACUAAAAAGUUCCCAAGUUUGCAGAAUUCCCAACAACACCCUUUCUAUUCCAUUUUCUGCCUUCAGCGCAUAUCCUAAAGUUUUGAAUACAAAUUUAAUUUAAAAAAUUAACUUUUUCAUAGCUAUAAAUAUUUGUGAAUUUGUUCCUCUCCCCUUUUUUGGAGAUUUUAAGAAAAGAAAAAAAACUUUUAAGGGCAUUUGGUCUUUUAAUCUUGAGAAUCCUACUUUAUUUUUCUACAGCUUUUCUUACCAUCGGAAUUGGUUACAAAAAUCUUAAAAGUUAAAAGUUUUUUAACAAAGUUCUGAAACUGCACUGAACAAAGAUUGUGAGAUUCUACAAGUUGGAACUGGAGCAUUCCUCUCAAAGUUUUCAAAUUGGUUGAUACUUUCUGUACAGUAAAUACUUUAUUUUCCCUCUCAAUGUGAAAAGAUAUUUUUUCAUUUUAUGUACAAAAAGAUUGAUUUAUCAAAGCAGGGCAUUGAAUUUGCUGGUGGAAUUACUUAUUUCCCCCAUUUGAAAUUUGGUUUCAACAUCUUUUGACUGUUUCAGUUGUUGUAGUGCUUGUGACACGCAAAGGGUGUGGGGAUCAUUAAGAUCAUAUUGUAUUGAAACUACCUUCUUUUAUUUAAUACCAUUAUUGUAUUUUUAGUGUGUUUUAUAGUUCAGAUUUAGAUUCCAAACAGUGUUUGAUUCUAUAGAUCAUUCCUAGCUGUCAAAUACACUUAUUUCCCUUUUUAUUGAGCAGUGUAUAAUUUCAGUAUUUCUGAAUUUCAUUCACAUUUGCACUUCUAAAUGGACAGUGUACACUUUUUUUUGUAGUAAUGGCUCUAUCAAAAUAAAGCGAAAAGUUCAGAAACUGACAUACAUCAUUAUUAGUGCUCAAAACUGAAUUGCUGAUCGACUUGUCUCCAAUGUCUUUGACCAUUGUUUAUCCUUUUCAACAGGUUUUUUUUCAGCAGUUUGUUUACUAUCUAUUAUAAGCACACAGUUUUCUCAAAAUGUUUCCACAAAGUUUUGUUGGCAGAGGUGUGUAAAGAUCAAUAAUGUCCACAGAAAAAGGAAAUGGGUGAUUACAGUAAAAUGAGUUAGAACAAACCCUAACAAGUAGUUUGAAAAGUAACAAACCAGCAAAACUUUGAAAUCCAGGUCAGUUUUUAUCACAACCAUUUUUACAGGAGCUAAGACUAAAAGCAUACCUGCAUUUUUCUGAGUGUUACAUUAAUUGUACAGCAACACAUAAAACUGUUAGUUUAAUUUGGGGUACCAGAAUGAGCCUCUUAAUUUUGCACUGCCCGGUCAGAUUAGACAUAUGUUGUUAUUGGUAUGACUUGUGAUUUUGUCCACAUGAUGCUUUAUUUCUUUACUCCAUUUAGUAUUGCAUGUUACAGUUACUUCACUUAGCUGUACACUUCUUUGUCUUAUGGACAUUUUAAUAUUUUCUUUACUGUGAACCCACACUUCAACAUCAGAUGAAAACUUGUAAAGAGCACCACGCAUAAAAUAAAGAACUUUGUAGGUACAAUCAA